AUGAUUGCCAAAGUUCAGCGCGUCGUUAUCAUCGGAGCAGGCAUCGUUGGCGUCAAUGUCGCCGAUGAGCUCGUCUCAAGAGGAUGGUCCGACAUCACUGUCGUCGAACAGGGUCCCCUGGACCUACCCGGGGGCUCAACGUCGCACGCUCCCGGGCUUGUCUUCCAGACGAACCCGUCCAAAAUGAUGACAUUGUUUGCGAAAUAUACUGUUGAAAAGUUCCUGUCACUGGAAAAGGAUGGCGAGAGCUGUUUCAACCAAGUUGGAGGUCUUGAGGUCGCAACCACACCUGAACGGCUCGAAGAGCUGAAGCGAAAGCACGGUUAUGGAUCAUCCUGGGGUGUUGAGUCACAUCUCCUCAGCGCCGAUGAGUGUGCCCAAAAGUAUCCAGAGAUCAACAAAGAUCUUAUUCUCGGUGGUCUUCACAUUCCAAGCGAUGGCUUGGCAAAGGCAGCUCGCGCUGUCCAGCUUCUAAUUGAACGCACUCGGAAAGCCGGAGUUCGCUAUGUCGACCUGACCCCUGUCACCGGGAUCGAAAAGGCAUCUGGUCACGUGAUUGGUGUGACGACACCGACGGGGACGAUUCCCGCUGACAUUGUUAUAUCCUGUGGAGGUUUCUGGGGUGUGGAACUAGGAGCGAUGGUCGGAUUGUCGAUACCUCUUCUCCCCCUCGCCCACCAAUAUGUUAAAACCACUGCCGUUGAGUCUUUGGCCAAGAACAACCCAUUGCCUAACGCAGCAACUCUACCUAUUCUCCGCUACCAAGAUCAAGACUUGUACUACCGCGAGCAUGGAGACCACUAUGGCAUCGGCUACUAUGGCCAUAAACCUAUGCCAGUUGUUGCCGGCUCACUUGGCGCAACUCCGAAGGAGGUCAGCGAAAAGAGCAUGCCUUCCCGACUCGCAUUUACCCCUGAAGAUUUCGCUCCAGCAUGGGAGCUCACUCAAGAAAUCUUGCCUGCUUUAAAAAAAACAGAAAUUGCUGACGGCUUCAACGGCAUUUUCUCAUUUACUCCAGACGGUGGCCCGAUAGUGGGAUAUCACCCUACUCUUGAUGGAUACUACGUUGCGGAAGCAGUAUGGGUUACGCAUUCUGCUGGAGUUGCGCGAGCUGUUGCAGAAGUCCUGACCGAGGGAAGAUCGAAGAUCGACCUUGCCGAAGCAGAACUGACCCGCUUCGAAGAAGUUCAGCUGACACGGUCAUAUAUCAAUGAAACAUCCGCACAAAAUUUCGUGGAGGUUUAUGACAUACUACACCCUCUUCAACCGAAAGACUCGCCCCGCAACAUUCGAGUGAGUGCGUUCCACGCAAGACAAAAGGAACUCGGCGCAUAUUUCCUUGAAGGUGGUUCUUGGGAACGGCCGUAUUGGUAUGAAGCAAACAAAGACCUAGUAAAAGAGUUGCCGGCAGACUGGCAGCCAUUGGACCGCGAUACUUGGUCGUCGCGGUUUUACUCACCAAUUGCGGCAGCAGAAGCAUGGAAGACGAGAACCUCAGUGGCAGUUUACGAUAUGACUCCACUUCGUCGUCUUGAGGUUUCCGGUCCUGGUGCUGUUGAUUUGUUGCAAAGACUCAGCACAGGUGACGUCGGCAAGAAGCCGGGUGCAGUUACCUAUACUCUAUGGCUUGAUGAGAGUGGCGGUGUCCGCAGCGAUGUUACAGUUGCUCGACUCGAGGAUGAAGUUUUCCAGGUGGGCUGCAAUGGUCCAGUGGAUUUGGCAUAUGUCAACCGAGAAGCACGCCACCAAAUGCUGCAAGCUCCUCAUAAAUGGAUACAUGUACGUGAUAUCACGAGCGGUACCUGCUGUGUGGGCUUGUGGGGACCUCGCGCCAGAGAUCUUAUCAGCACCAUCACUCCAGAUGAUUUCUCCAACAAGGCACUGAGGUAUUUCCGUUGCAAGAAGGCAAGCAUUGCCGGUAUUCCAGUGACAGCUAUGAGAUUGUCAUACGUCGGAGAGCUCGGCUGGGAAAUUUACACUACUGCCGACAGGGGCCAAGCUCUCUGGGAUGCCAUCUGGAAAGCUGGUCAACCAUAUGGCAUCAUUGCCGGCGGACGACAUGCCUUCAACUCUUUGCGACUGGAGAAGGGCUACCGCUCUUGGGGCACGGACAUGAACACGGAACAUGACCCAGUCUCAGCAGGCGUUGGCUUCGCUGUCAAGGCAGACAAGGAAGGCUUUGUCGGUCAAGCGGCAUUGGCUACUCGCGAGAAGGGAACCCAGCGACUAGGCUGCAUCACUCUUAAUGAUACUAGUUCGAUCAUACUUGGCAAAGAGCCAGUGUUUCACGACGGCAAAGCCAUUGGCUAUGUUACUAGUGCUGCCUUCGGGUACACAAUCGGCAAGUCUCUUGCAUACGCUUGGCUACCUGCUACUAUUGAGGUGGGUGAGACUGUGGAAGUCGAAUACUUUGGGAAGAAGUAUCCUGCUACCGUCAGGGCUGAACCCAUGUACGACCCCAAGAUGACACGUCUGCGCGAUGUUCCUUCGGAUGUUGAUGUCUUAGCCUCAGCUAGACUGAGCUAG